UUAGCUGUCAAAAUGCAUGCGCGACGACGACGAACUUGCCGCCAGAAGCCAAAAUAGAGCCAAGAUAGAGUCCGUACCACCACUUCUGCGUCCUUUUUCUUUCUACUCUUUGUGAAUCGUCUUCGGUGAAAAGGUAACCUUCAUGGAGUAAGACGUGAGCUUGAUGAGCGAGCUGAAUGGUGUGGUUCCAUCCAGAGAUCCAGAGAACACGACGACUGGAGCAGAUAUAGGAGUUAGAUCCUUUCUCCGUUGUCGGUUAUCUUCCAAGAGUCAGACGUGCGGCCAAUGAGUACUUAGUGCUCGCUGACAUCAGUUGCUCACUCUUGAAGCAGCCUCGAUCACCUGGGAAUGAGGAGCUGGAAAUGGACUUGAAUUAGACUACAAGCUCUUCCUUUACCCUCGUUUCGAAUCCUCGUCCCUGAAGGUGGGUGGUAAACCAAUGUGCUGCCCAGGAGGACAAACAGCAACAAAAAGAAGAAUAGUGACAACAGGCGUAUCCUUCUUAUUACUGUACAACCUUCGUCCUCUUCGGGAAAGGUAACGACGGCGAUUGCGUUUACCUCAUCUCCUGUCCUCGCAUAAUCGGUGGCCUUUUUCGUUUUGGUCGUCAUCACGGUUCUCGUCCUUCUUGUCCUCUUCGUCGUCGUCGUCCUCUUGCUAUUCCUGCCAUUCCUGCUCCUCCUCCUCCUCGUCAUCCCCAUCAUCUCCCACGUUGUGGCAUGCUGAGUGUUGUCCCCUCGCUGAUUCAUUGCGCCAAGUCAAAAAGGCCAUCGACCUCAGAGGUGAUCGGUUUCAAAAUGUAAAAAGUGAUGCCGACACGAGCAGUGGAGCAAAUCAACGAGGAAAAUCGCCAUGUUUGGUGCAGCUCGGUGUGUCGGAAGCAGCUAUUUGGUCGCUCUACGUCGACAGAGCCGUCAAAGCCUACGAAAUAAGGAUUGGUCUGCCAACCGAGGUCCAAAUGGAUCUUUCCAGUUGGCCGUAAAUCGUCCGUCCCGAUCCCCUAGUGUAGCCACUCAUCGCACAGGUGUGAGUUGUGCAGAUUCGUUCAAUCAGAACAAACAAGGUGGCCCCCCUCUCCAUCCGUAUGUCCCGCGCAGUGCUUCAGGUCGACCUUUAGGCAAGGCUGGUGGACGGGGUUGCGUGAAACACAGCAAGACCAAAGGCAAAAAAGGCAAGAAGGGCAAGAAGGACCAAUACGACCUUAUCAUCAACAUCGAUUUGAGCGAAUGGCAACUCUCGGAUGAGCAAGUCGCCGAGUUCAAGGAGGUCUUCAUGCUCUUCGACAAGGAUGAAGAUGGCGUUCUAACUUUCCCAGAACUCAACGUGGUCAUGAAGAGUCUCGGUCAAAGGCCGAGUGAAAAGGAGCUUCUUGCCAUGGUCAGAGACGUCUCAGAAGAUCAAAUCUACGAUACGAUUGAAUUCAACGAAUUCCUCCAAAUGAUGUCCAAACAACAGAGAUUUGGCAUGACCGAGGAUUCGCUAAAAGACGCAUUUAAAAUAUUUGACAAGGAUGACGAUGGAUUCAUCUCGGUAUCAGAGCUCCGUCAUAUUAUGCAAGGCUUGGGGGAGAAAAUGACGGAUCAAGAGCUGGAUGAAAUGGUUCGGGAAGCCGAUUCUGACAAUGACGGGCUCAUUAACUACAAAGAAUUCGUCCAAAUCUUGUGCACAGAUAACAAGGCAUUACGGAAAAAGAAAAGAAAAGCGAAAAAGAAGGACCGAAGAGGUGGAACGGGAGGAGGUGGUGGUGGCUUGAACGGCACCAUCGAUGAAGAUCCGCCCAAUUCCACUUCCAACGUCCAAAGUAACAAUAAGGAGAACCAGCCCGUGCCGUUAAGCGCAGAUCCCGCGUCCCUUUUGAAUCAUGCCAAGAAAGCGUCACUAAAUCAGGGAGGCGGGAAAUCUGCACCCUCUACCAACGUCACUUCCCAUCGUGCCAAUGACAAUCCAGCCAAUGAUAAUGAUUUGAUUUUGACCAAGGAUUCCGAAAACAAUGUGAGUGGGUGUGUUAAGACGGCACACCUGGAUGCUCGUAGUGGUAAAUCGCACCACUCUAUGAACCAGAGUGACAUCAAGGACCGAAACGGAAACCCCAAAAGUAGCCACCCUGACUCCACCGGUAAUGGCGACCAUAAUCCUCGACCAAGCGGAAGUGGAAGUGGGCAAGAACAUUGAUGCAAAUCCUUUUGUUCAAGAUUAACCACCAAAACAGUGGGCCCAGGGCCAAACCAGUUAAACGUUCAUGACAAUGCAAGUGCCUAGGCGUAUUUAACAGCUUGCUUGUGAUUAAAUUCAAUGACAGAAGGUCGAA